AUUUUUUAUUUGCAGGUAACAUUGACCAUUGGCCUUGUGAAGCAGUGAAAUAGAGAUGGUCCUGGUACCAAUAUCUUUCCUUGGGUUUGGAGACCAUUCUUUACCCUCUGAAGAAGAAAAAGACUUUGCUCAAAAUGUCUUGUUUGCAAUCACUGCAUUUCUCUGGGCUGCUUACUUGUGGGAAACUUUUCUAUCUAGCAGACAGAGGAGGAUAUACCUCAAAGUACAGAAGAUGCCACCCAAUUUACAAGACAUCAUGGAGGAAGAGGAGUUUGAGAAAGCAAGGGUUUACAGCUUGGAUAGAGCCAAUUUCUCUUUGGUCAAAGAGUUAUUUGACCAAUUAGUUCUCACUCUGGUUUUGUUUGGAGGCCUACCCUUGGCUUGGGACAUUGGACGAUCAAUGACAGACUGUUUCUAUACCAAGACUGGUUGGAAAUGGGAGAAAGGCUCACAAGGAGAUGAGAUUUGGCAGAGCUUGGCUUGCGUCCUUGUCAUUAACACUUUCAACAAAGUCAUCAGCUUGCCAUUCUCAAUUUAUAGUACUUUUGUUGUAGAAGCCAAGCAUGGCUUCAACAAGCAGACACCAUGGUUCUAUGUGAAGGACCAGAUCAAGGCUUUUCUUGUUGGGCAGAUCAUCACAUUCCCACUCAUAGGUGGAUUCAUUGCCAUCAUCCAAGUUGGCGGGGACUACUUCUUCAUCUUUCUGUGGCUCUUUUCUGUUGUUGUGAUGCUCUUUCUCAUGGCCAUCUAUCCAGACUUCAUUGCUCCAUUAUUUGACAAGUAUACCCCAUUGGAGGAGGGGCCCCUGCGGACUUCCAUUGAGGAGCUGGCUGCAUCACUCCACUUUCCACUCAAGAAGAUUUAUAUUGUUGAAGGAUCAAAACGUUCAGCACACAGUAAUGCCUACUUCUAUGGAUUCUGGAACAACAAGCGCAUUGUCUUGUUUGAUACACUACUGAAGGACAAGUCCAAGUCAGAGGAAGAGAAGGAAGAGGGAGACCAAAAAGAUGAGGAUGAAAGGAAUAAAAAGGAAGAUGAAGGGGAAGGGAAAAAGGAGGACAAUGAAGUGGAAGAGAAGAAGGAAGGAAAGGGCUGUUCAAAUGAGGAAAUCCUGGCUGUGCUGGGUCAUGAACUGGGGCACUGGUACCAUAAUCAUGUCCUGAAGAACAUAGUCAUCAUUCAGGCAAACUUGUUCCUCAUGUUCCUGUUCUUCUCAAUGAUCUACCACCAACCGUUCAUUUACCAUGCAUUUGGCUUCAUGAAUGAGCGUCCCAUCCUCAUGGGCCUCAUUAUUGUUCUCCAGAUACUCCUACUUCCCUACCAAGAGGUCCUUGGCUUCCUGGUGACAGCAUUGAGCCGGCACUUUGAGUUCCAGGCAGACCGGUUUGCCAAAUCACUGAGGAAAGCAGGAGAGCUCCAGUCAGCACUGGUGAAACUGAACCGGGAUAAUCUUGGCUUUCCCAUCCAUGACUGGCUCUAUUCUGCAUGGCACCACUCUCAUCCACCCCUCCUCCAACGCCUGGAGGGUCUCCAAAAGGGCGAUUAAUGGUUGGCAUUGCUUCCAAGCUGUACCAAGAAGGCAACAUUUGUCUAAACCGAAAUUGAAUUUGGACUAAAUCAGCAGAACUGCUCAUGUCCUCAUGAAAGUCAGUUCAGGAGUGGAUGAAGGUGGACUAAAUCUGCCAAGUGGGCUUCAUCCAUUGCCAAGUGCAGGAUAGUUUAUUGUUAUAACGGAAUCAUUACAAGUUGUUGUAUACCUUGUAAGCCUAAGUGACAAGUGAUUCCUGUGAUAUUUGUUAAUCAAUACUAUUCCACUUACAGGGGGAAUGAUAUCCAUGACUUCUAGAGUCUUCAUCUGUAAAGUACACCUUACUUUUAGCCUAUCAGUUUUGUUCCUGUAUCCCAUGCUGAUACAGUACUGUCAUGGUGUCUCUUGUCCCUCAUUGAAUUGCAUGUUAAAUUGGACCCAAACAUUUGUCUCUGUUGUUCAUGCCUGUUCAAGUCAGAUAAUUAGAAGUAUGUCAUUGGAGAGAAUAAUCAUUAUGCUGUUGUUUCUUUUUGUGAAAGAUUCUUACCUAACAGCAAAUGAAUCACAGGGAAGAAGUCAAGGGCAUCUCCAGCCUUGUGUCCAGCCUUUGGGCUUGUAUGGGGGAAGUAUGAUAUAUGCUUUUUGCUGUUAUUCCAAGAUUUGAUUGACCUGUAAAAUGUUUUUCCACUUGGAGAAUUGGUUGUCACAAUAAUGUGAGGUGAGAUACAGAUAUGUGUUCAGUGC